AUGCCAAACCCAGGGUUCUCUGAGGGGGAGAGACCCACCCUGUGGCAGGAAGGCACCCAGAGCUUCAGCUGGGACUUGGAGCUGGGAGUCCUUGAGGAGCUUCACGGCAGGGAGAAGCUCUACAAGUGCUUGAAUUGUGGGAAGAGCUUCAGCCGGCGCUCCACCCUGAUCCAUCACCAGCAGACCCACACUGGGGAACGGCCCUACGAGUGUGGGGAAUGUGGGAAGGGCUUCAGCACAAACACCCACCUGAUCGGCCACCUGCUGAUCCACACUGGGGAGAGACCCUAUGAGUGUGGGGAAUGUGGGAAGAAGUUUUAACAGAGCUCCCAACUCCUCAGCCAUCAGCGAAUUCACCGAGAGGAGAGGCCCUUCCUCUGCCCUGACUGUGGGAAGGUCUUCAAGCACAACUUCACCCUCGUCAGGCACCAGCGCAUCCACACUGGAGAAAGGCCCUACAAGUGUGGGGAAUGUGAUAAGAGCUUCAGCUCGAGCUCCCACCUGAUCUCCCACCAGCGCAUCCACCCAGGAGAGAGGCCCUAUGAGUGUUCUGAGUGUGGGAAGAGGUUUCAGACCAGCUCCAAUCUCCUCCUGCACCACCCGAUUCACAUGGAUGAGAGGCCCUUCCGCUGCCCUGACUGUGGGAAGGGCUUCAAGCAAAACUCCCACCUCAUCAGGCACCACCGCAUCCACACUGGGGAGAGGCCCUACGAGUGUUCCCAGUGUGGGAAGAGCUUUUGGAGUUCUCACUUGACCCGACACCAACAGAGGCACCAGUAA